GAAUAAUUACUUCUCUACAUUGUUCCAGCUUCUAUACUACAUCCUAUCAGUCGCCAUGGCGACAACGAAUUCCAUUAUGGAAUCGUUGGUCAGCCAUAUCGUUCUCCCUCCCCGGCUCCCAGGGAAGGAUGAUAGAAACGAAGGAUUGGAAAGUGCUAUUGUUGACCAUUUCAUCGUGGCCUCCAGGGCGAUGAGAAGCAUCACGAGGGACAAAAUGUCUGAGAAUUGGGAUUGGAUCCGUCGAUCACUGGAAACGGCGAAAUUGUUGAAUGCUAGAGGAAGACUGUCAAGAGAUACGCUCUUGUCUGAAUUUCAAUCUCUCCAGAAAAAUGUCUGUUUGAUUCUCAAUAUUGCGGAGCAGAACGCAGGUCUACUCAUUUAUCGUUGUGAGGAGCGCAUAGUCUUCGAGUCUUUCGAGACAUCGGCAUCCGCACAGGAUGUUAUGGCUGCCGAGAAUGCCUUAGAAUGGAGUUUCCCUGGGUAUACAGUCGAUAUCCCUUUGUCAACAUUCAGCGAACCAACCUUUUUGAAAGAGCUGGCAAUUUUCUUAGAGCAAUCCAGCACUGAAUCAAUCAAACGAUUUGCUGCAAGAACAUCUAAGGCUGGUUCUCUCGUCAUCGAGGAACGCGACACGGCUUCGUGCGCCCUUAUAUCUCAAAUGCUCAUGACGCUAUUGGAAGGGAAUGGGCGUAGAAUAUAUCCUAAAAUUCUGAAGAAGCGCAUUCGAGACGAUGUACUAUGGUUCAAUGCUGCGAAGCCAUGGAGACGAAAUCCCCUUUACCUCGUAUUGCGAGUUGCCAUACAAAGACAACUAUACUCAAUGUCAGAUUCUGGCCGGACACAGUACAAAUUCAUGAGGUGUCUAGCUAUGGCACAGCUUCUUGAAUUUCAUAUGUACAAUAUUAGCCUCGAAUCGCUAUCAUACUUGAAAGUCAAACUAUGUCGACGCCUUGCCAAGCUUGAAAAUGAUGAUGUCAGAUCAUCAAGUUCUCUGGGAGCUGUGUACGAACACACCUUCAAGGCUUUGCGACCCAGUUUCCAAAAAGCAAUUCAGCGGGCCUCAGAACGAAUUGAAUCAGAGUGGCUAGCAUUCAAGCGGUCUAAUCAACGACCAAUCAUGACACUUCCAAAACGCGCUGCGGAUCGUGAUUUGUACUUAACACUCCCCAAGAGUGGCGGUUAUCUACAGCGCAUCAUGAACGAGGCUCUUCGUCCACCUCAACAGUCUUACAACUCCGUAAAGAAAGUUGAUGUAUCUGCAGCUGCUACCAGGAAGAUUGGGAAUUUUGGAGAUCGAUAUAUUACUCUUUGCGACAUGGAAAUUGGCAUUGAGUUGAAACAUUAUUUUCCAUCUGCCACCAAUCUCGAAAAUCAAUCACAAUGCAGGGAGAUCUCACGAGAAAUACAUAGAUACCUCAAGAAAUCCGAAGACGCUUAUUCUAUUAAUUCCGAAGAACGUUCCAUAAUGUUGUUGAGCAUUAUGGAGCUUUGGAUGUCUAUGGAUAUCUUUGUAUGUGUUCUCUUUCCAUUGCUUAAGAAUUUUCAUCCUUUCUUCAAGCCCGAGAUGAUGGAUGUUUUGCAACUAUCUCUGUAUAAAGACAUGUGUAGACUACAAAAAGUUCAGAUGUAUAUACAAGAUCGCUGCAGAGCUGCGAUCGGUAACGGACAUAGAACCAUAUUCGAGGAUCCAACACAAGGAUGCUUUGCCGACCGCUACUUUAACGAGUCUGAUGAAGCUUCAAAGCUGCAAGAGCUUCUUGAAGCUAUAGAGCUUGACGCUGAGCAAUCGCGCCAGGAAAAAGUAGCAGAUUGGUUGAAUCUGAGUCAAAAGUAUGACAAUCUUAUCAAAAUGAUCAACGAGAGCACCUGCAUAUACACAAUCGAUGGUCACAGCCCAAAUUGUCCAAAAUGCUUGAUGGAGGAGCGGGCCAAGUUCUUUAAGAUCCAGGUAUACGAGCACCCUUUACCUUCAGACCCCAUUCAAAAAAGGGCAGUAAUCUUCGAGCUGUCUUGCCCAUUGGCAUUUUCGAAUUAUCGAGAUACAACCUGGAAAGUCUUGAUCGCGUUGGCUUUUCCAUCAAAUCAAGCUGUUUUCCCGGAACCUAGGGUUCUUUUGAAAAAUUAUCCAGGACUUUCGAGAUACAUGAAGAACACAGAGAGUGGGAUCUCAUUAGGAUCGACUAGAAAAAUAUUUCACAAUACUCAUUAUCGCACCGUUAUAUUCCCUGUUGGCAUUGAUGAUGUGUGUCCCUCCAAUACCCUGAGAUUAUCCUACUACGAUUUUCGUUCUCAGCGAUGGCCAAGCCGAGAUUUUCAAAAUCAAAAACCGUCAUUUUCGCAUCAUUUCAAAUUCAUUUUGCCCCAAACGUCGCCGUUCUCGAUGCUUAUGCAAAAUCUUUCUGUUAGUACGGAUGGUAUUUCGUCAUACGAAGUCAUUGCCAGUCAAUCAAAAUGUCCUAGAGGCCUCAAUGUUCACGAGUUUAUGGCCUACCAAGCACUGAUCUCGGGCAAGACACGCCGCCUUACACAAUUGUUGAUAGAGCUUGGUUCUCAGAAUUUAAACUUCAGUACCGAAUCAAUGGCUGUCUUGGUUUCGCGUUUGAUACUCGAAGUUGGGCCUAACAACGAUGGUGACUCUUUGCGUGUCAUUCAUAAAUCAUUUCGAGAUAACAAUUUCUGUUCUAGGAUGUUGGAGCAAUUGGACCGGAGACUGAAAAAUAUCAGGACAAACUAUCGCGAAAAUUAUUCCAUGCAGACGAUAUUGACCAUAUUAUUACGCAUCAAGCAGCUGGCGGCACCCAUCAUCGUCAAACUAGCCUCCGAGGUACUCGAAACCGCUCGGUCAAUUACUUCAUCUUGGGUGAAGAUUCUUAGAGAAGAAAUCAGGCAAGCAGGUGAUUCUGAUGCUGCUUCCAGAUGCCAAUCAUACUGUUUGUGGGCUGCUCUUCUCUGCCGACGAACACUUUUCGAUUACGACAACAAAAUAUUACAACCUGCUGCACUUCGUUGCUUUAUUGAAUGCUCAAUUACGCUACAAGACAACCUUUCCAAUGACCCUGCGCUGGCCCCACCAGGGCUCAAGAAUGCUAUCAUUCAAGACCUGAAAGCUGUUUAUCGCAUGAGACAUGUUUUACGUGAAUCUCUAAUUGCUAGUCCUGAAUCCUUACUACAAGCAGUAGGUAUUGUAUGGCCAUUACCAGAAGGAAGCCAGCCGCGUGUAUCAUCAUCUUUGGCUUUCGAUUGUCCUGAAAAGUGGUGGGUCUAUGCGAAAGUUAGUGGCUCGUCUAUCAUGAAAGAACAGACAUUGAGUUUCCAUCUAUUCUAUGGCUACCUCUUGAUAGACGGCCAACCGCUUGGGAUGCUCCCUUCCGAGUAUAGAGCUUCCGCUAUUCUUCGAGACCUCUUUGGUGAUAUCAACCUUCUCACCUUUCCUUCUUCAUUGCCCGGCUCUCAGUUCCAAUUAACAAAUGAUCAAUUCGGCCAUACAGUCCAUCUUGGUUCCCGUGACGGAAAAGUGGUUGUGCGAGCCUGUUCGGGAAAAACCAUUCUGGAACUCGUACCCAGCAGUGUAUUUUACACCGAUAACAAUUUUGAUUUACCAAUACCCCUAGUGCUUGAUUGUAUUCAUUGGCUCGACUUAACUACAGGGAUUAUCGAAAUUCGGCAGAAGCCGCAUGUUUGGAAGUUCAAAGAUGCCAACUGGCGCCUGAAUGUUCGAACUCGCAAAGCUUGGCGUCGUUCUUCCUGUUUAGUUGAUCCAUUUAGCACAACAUUCAAACGUGUUCACAGGAUCCUUGAAUAUUUUGAGCAGCCGGGCCACUUGACCGUUUACCAGCCGGCGAGAAACAAUCUCACCGUUGAGCUCAAACGUCUUUCCUUAUCUUUUACGGUUAAUCACAAAAAGUAUCUUGCAUCGUCACAGCUACAUGCAGAAAUAGACGCGGAUCAGGAUUGUGGAACUUGGUAUGGACUACGAAGUAAGAUUGUACUGCGCGAUACUAUCAAUCCACGAGUGCGUAGUAUUCUCGUACCAAUGCCUGGUAAUGAUCCCAACAGUAUAAAAUCUCGAUGCCAUGGAAUACAUGUUCAAGUACACAUCGAAAACAUUGGAGAAUAUGGUCGUUUCUUUGUCAAUGAUACCUUGGGGCGCAUCGAUUGUUCAGCCGAGCCUUGGCAGCUUUACACCAAAGCUUUACUGCAUAGCAUGACAUCUUUCCUUCUACCAGAUAUCCUGACCAAGCGUACAGGGACAGAGGAGGCUGUUGCGUGUUUAACAUCCGGUCUUUACCAGCCUUGGAUACCUCUCAACCUAACAUCGCGCUUGUGUCUUUUGAAAAUUGCGAGGCUUAGCCCAGACAGGGGGUACUACCCGGAAGAUGGGAAAUCUAUGCAGAAAGUAGGAUGGAAUGAUAAGUGGACAACCACCAUUCAAUACGACGGCUACGAGUCGAUAGUUCAAGAAAUAAUUGACAAAAGUGACGAUUUAGAAAGAUUUUCCCAUGAAAAAUCACAAGAAAUUUUAGAGCCGAAGAGAAUUCGACAACAACACCUUGUUAAUCGAAGUUAUACCCGCUUGAGACUUUUCAAGCGCCACGAUGGAUUUCUUGAGAAUCAAAUAAUCGCUCAAGAUCUUGUGUAUGAUUCAAGAGACAAGUACUGUGCUAGUCAAAGGCGCAAGAAUGUCUUAGAAUGUGUUGAUCAAAUCAUACAAUGGCCUCAAAAAACACAUGCCUUAGCAGAUUUGGCCGGGAUGCUGCAGAGAUACCCUAAUAUAAAUGGCUUCCACGCAGAACCCGAGAAAGUUCUCUUGUCGGAUCGUUUAGAUGUUGAUUUUGGUGCAUCAUUCGGCCCAUUAUAUCAGUUCUGUCGAAAAGCUUCUGUCAACGACAAGUUUCGACUCCAAUUCCAAUUUUCUUUGAUGUCAUUUCGAGACGAUAUCGAAAUGGAUUUGGUUAGGGUAUUGCUGGCGUGCUCUGUAUUGAAAGACUUGAAAAAGUUGAAUCCACCAGACUAUCUCAAUUAUGCUCACUUCCGUCCAAAUCAAACUCCGCAUCUUGCAUACAUCAUACAAUUGCUAAAGCCGUGCCGUAUAGCCUACCCGCAAGACUUCCGUGAUACUUUUGAAGGAUUCAAAUUGCACGCAAAACAGCGCAAGAAUCUAGAACGUCAAAAAUAUCAGUACGAAACCCAGACAGAUACUGAUUGCGAGCUAUUUGCGAAGUUUUUACUUGCUCAAUGGCCGUGCCCAGAACCUUCCAUUGUCAAUUUUUCGACUCCUGUACAUAUAGAUAUCGCCAAAGCUAUGAGAAUUAUCCGCCCGGAUUGGGAAAGAAUCUUCCAGAAUAUAGAGCUCUCCAAGUAUCUCGAGCAAGUUCAAAAAUUACUUUUUCGAGCUUACAGUGGAACCAAUUUUCAGCUGCCUAAUAUGGAGAUUCAAAAACAAUUAGUGUAUGCAUCAAGAGUCCGUGGCAGUGAAUUUCCUAUGACGCCGAAAGAUUUAAUGCGAAUGCCAUGCAAGGUCAUGAUAGCAUCGACGAUAGUAGCUCCGUCUAAUAUACCGGCCGAGACAUCGAGUCACAAUGGUCACAUAAUCUCUCAAGAAGCGUCUCUUCUCGAGCGCAUCGUUUUAAAACUCAUGAGCAAUGAAUCCUCGUUGGUACGCCAAAAAUAUGGACAGGGACUGCUGCAAAGCCUGUCAUCAUUCAAAUUAUUUGAGCAAAUUCAGAAAAGCAGUGGAAAGAAUGUCGACCGUCUAAAGCUUUCCAGUGAUAUAGAAAAGACUAGAAGCGCGAUAAGAGAAAUCUUCAAGGAGAUUUGUCGAUCAUUUGACAGCCCGAGUGCUGCAUGGUUACGACCAGGAGGCUUGUACCCAUGCGUUUCAACCAUUACACUGCUUGAAAAUCUACGUUCUAUCUCAAGCAAAGAAGUUAAGUUUGGGAGUGGCAUGAGAGAGACUUUGAUCAAUUAUGCUUUACAUAUUACAGAACUUCAAAGAUUCCUGAGAAUUGAAGAAGCAUUUUUAAAAGGUGAUCAACAACGCUUGAUUGAAGAACAGAAUAAUCCAGGCCAUUCAAAUUGGCAGCCAAUCGAAGAGCCUGAUUGGCUUUUAAUCGAGGUGGAAGCGAAUGUUCUUAUUCGUCCUGAUCAAGUUGACGUAGCCAGAGCUACGAUUUCUCCAAAAUCUAACUCAAAUUCUGUUUUACAGAUGAACAUGGGACAAGGAAAGACGUCGAUUAUUGUACCUAUGGUGGCGUGUAAGCUAGCCAAUGCCGAGCGCCUCGUGCGAAUCAUUGUGCCGAAACCAUUAUUGAUGCCAACGGCGCAAUUGUUACAAGCACGUCUCGGAUCUCUUUUAGGUAGAAGCGUCCUCCACGUACCAUUUUCAAGAAAGACUCCUACAGAUACAGUGAAGAGGUAUUUCAAUUUGCACAAGGUGGCCCUUGAAAACUCAGGCAUCGCUAUUGCUUUGCCGGAACAUAUCCUUUCAUUCCGAUUAUCUGGGCUUCAACGUCUUUCUGAUGGUCAUAUAAAUGAGGGAAAAUCGAUGGUAAAGGUACAGCAAUGGUUAAAUAAUCGUUGCCGAGAUGUGAUGGAUGAAAGCGAUCAGAUUCUUUCAUUACGCACACAGCUGAUAUAUCCGAGUGGUGCUCAGAACUCGGUUGACAAUUAUCCUCACCGUUGGGAGACGGCCCAAGCUUUGCUGGCUCUUGUAGAAGGGCAUCUAUACAAUCUCGAGAAAGAUUAUCCUCAUAGUAUCGAAGUUGUUCGAAGAGAUUGUGGGGGCUACCCUAUGCCAUUUUUCCUCCGAAAGGAUGUCGAGGAGGAGCUGCUAAAUCGACUUGUUGCUGAUAUAUGUACUGGGCGAACUUCAAUUCUGGAUAUGUCCCGUUGCUCAAAAUUGGAUCGUAUAGCCAUUAGGGAUUUUAUAACAAAGCCCAAGGUUAGCACAGGUGUAUCCAAGGUUGUGAAAGGUAUAUUUUCGGAUAAACCCGCAAUGAAACGCAAUCUCUUAAACGUUCGCGGUCUCUUAGUACACCGAAUAUUGUUGUUAGCUCUGAAAAAGAGGUGGCACGUACAGUAUGGUCUUCACCCCGAUAGAGACCCUAUUGCCGUUCCGUUCCAUGGCAAAGGUGUACCCUCAGAUCAAGCUGAAUGGGGUCAUCCAGACGUCGCAAUACUUCUUACUUGUUUAGCAUUUUACUACGAUGGAUUAAAUAACAAGCAAUUGCACCAAGCCCUCGAGCAUGUUCUCAAAUCAGACGAUCCGGCCUCGAUAUAUGAUCAGUGGUCUAUGAGCUGUUCUGUGCUGCCUGAUACGUUGCGGGAUUGGAACAGCAUUAAUCUUGAAGAUGAACAACAAAUGCUUGAGCUAUGGACCCAUUUCAAUCAAUCUCCAGUAAUCAUCGACUACUACUGUAACAAUUUCGUAUUUCCGGCACAUGCCAAAUCCUUCAGUCUCAAACUACAAGCUAGCGGCUGGGAGAUUCCUCUAUCGUCAGCGGACAAUCUAAAUUCCAUUACGACAGGAUUUAGUGGCACAAAUGAUAAUAGAAACUUACUACCGCUCAAUCUUAAGCAGCAGGACUUAGAGGGACUUGCCCACACCAACUCUGAGGUACUUACCUACUUGCUUCAGCACAGAAACCGGCGAUAUGUAGUUGCGGCUGACGAACGAGGCCGCCAUCUCUCUGAGAUUGACUUAUUGCGUAAGAUCUCAAAAUUGGGCAUCCGAGUGCUUAUAGAUGCUGGAGCCCAGAUCCUUGAGUUGAGUAAUGAGUUGCUUGCAAGAUCAUGGCUUGAGAUCGACACACAAGCACAAGCUGCUGUUUACUUUGACGAAGCAGGAAAGCCGAUGGUGGUCUAUAGAAAGUACAGACCGGUGCCGUUGUCAGCUUCACCAUAUUCCGAUGACUUAAGAGAGGUUGUUGUUUAUCUUGAUGAAGCCCAUUGUCGUGGAAUUGACUUAAAAAUGCCUGCUAAUGCCUGUGGAGCGCUAACCUUAAGUCUCGGACAAAGCAAAGAUCAUACUGUACAGGCAGCAAUGAGACUGAGACAACUCGCAACUACUCAAUCUGUUAUAUUCUUCGCACCACCUGAGGUCAAUCAGAGUAUAUUGGACUGUGUUAAAAAGAUCCAUGGUAAUUACCUGGACUCGUACGACGUCAUUUGUUGGCUUCUGGAGCAGACAUGCGUAGGCAUAGAGCUCAUGCAGCCACUUUAUUAUUCUCAAGGCAUUGAUUAUUGCCGUAGAGUUCAAGCUGCUGCUGAUAAUGUAGAUUUUCUCACUAACGCGGACCAGCGAGAGCAGUAUCUAGACACCCUCAGGCAAAAGGAGCAGCUUUCUUUACAUCAACUUUACGGAAUUAAAACCAAAACUAAGACUGUAAUUGGUGCUAGCGAAUUGAAGUCCCAGACAGCUAGUUUUGUCAAAGAGCUCAACGCAAUGCGGAGAAGCUUUCGAGAUACUGGCGAUGCUGUUCAUCAUACUGCUCUACAAGAAGUCGAACAAGAGAGAGAAGUUGCCUACGAAGUCGAAACUGUGCGUGAGGCUCAGAAACCUAUCCAUUAUGCCGCUUGGUCAUUCCCUGGUCUGGAAAAGGACAUUGUAACCUUUGUCAGAACUGGCCGAAUUCCAGCAGGUUCCGCAUGUUGCGAACAUGCUUUUACAGCUCUGAGAAAAACCGAAAUUGGUAGGAAAUUUGGAAUCAAUGCUGAAGCUCUCAACUCUCAACUAUUUGUGUCUAAAGAAUUCAUGCGCUCUGUUAAAGUGAUUCAACCGCAUGAUAAUUUUCUGCGACAAGUAAGUUGGGUUCUGUGGAGUCCUGUGAGCGAAACCGCGCUGGUUGUGAUACCUGAAGAAACGGAGCUCCUCAUUCCAAUUCUUUGUAACUGUCUAGCUCCUGCGUGUUUCCUCUUGACGUAUGCAGCUCCUACGACCCGAAAAAUGCUUGUUAACUUCAAUGAUCUCCGAUAUUAUUCUAUACCCGCACUUUCAAAGGACUGGGUUGCGCCAACAUGGUUAUCAGUACAGUUGGGUAUUUUUUCGGGAGCUCUUUACUUUGAAUACUCUCAAUAUGACUAUCUUCGUGGAUUCUUGGGAUCUGGAAAAGCGAAGACUAUGGAAGAGAUACAAGAAGACUGCUUGGAAGAAGAUUGCCAUGUCGUCGAUGGGAAUGUUAAUGAAAAUGGCAAUGGAAAAGAUCAUAUCUCCGUCGGUUUCACGUCCAAACCUCUAACAUUUCUGCAAGAAUGGUUGAGUAUUAGGCGCAAAGGGCAAGACUUUUCCCAUACCCCCAUGGGAUACAUUUGUCAAGGCAAAGUACUUACUGAAACUCAUCCAUUCUUCAGUAAGAACGAAUUGAGCACCACUGCAAAGCUCACUCAGUCUAACCGCAGAGGAAUACUCGGUUCAAAGGGAGUUUCAGCGAGGACUACGUAUGAUGAUGACCUUAAUGAUGACUGGGCAGAUAUGAAUGCCGAUGAGAAUGGAGUAAUAGUGGGCGAUGACAGUGAUUCUGAGGACUAUGAUCAGUAUGAGAAUGAGGAGACUAGUAGUGGAAGUGUGUUCACUGAUUUAGAGGAUGAAUUUUAAGACGUCGAGAACUUUGUGGUUCACUUUUCAUCGAAAUAUCGAGCGUUAGUGGGUCUAGAAUAUUGUAUUUACUUACAAAUAUUGCUUUAGUGUCUUAGAAACAUAAAUAUUACUUUGAUAAUGUGGAUAGAAGUGACUUGAAUGUACUCGAAGCA